AGGAUUUGAGUGUGUUAAGAGUUGAGACCCAUUGUAAUUUUGUUUUAAUUAAGUUGGGCUCAGUGGCCCAUUAAUUGGUCAAUCCAAGCCUAUAACAAAUUGUUUGAAUUUUCAAAAAAAAAAAAAAAAAAAAAAAAAAAAAAAAAAAAAAUCGAUCGAAAAUUCAACUCAGCAACACCAACACCACCAGCGAACCCCAAUCGUUACUGAAAAAAGGAGGAGUUAUUCAAGCUUUGCUGUUGGCAAUGCGAGAUGGAUACUUUCAAGUCGUCUGGUCUCGGCGGUCCGUGACCCAAUUUGACACGCAAGUCCUUUAUUGAGCAGGAUUUGCUCGUCAUAUGUGUUUGUGAUGAUUGAUUCAUAGAGAUUGACGAUGCUAACACUCAGAUGUGUAUGUGGGAGGAAACAACCUAGGGCCUUUCUUCCCCAUCUUCCCAUCAUCAUCUCCGUCAACAGCAACUCUACCACCGUGGCCGCCGCGUUUUUCUUCUACAGUUCCACCACCGCCCGCAGCAGCAACGUUGGCUAUUCUCCAUUCUUUCAGUUUGAGCCUCCGUCCACGGCGGCGGCAAUUGGGUCAGAAGAGGACGUGGUCCAUUCCUUCAGAGAAUGGUUCAAGUCUCGAAACAAGCCAUUGCUGGACCGAAUAUUCCAAAUCUUGGGCUCCCAGAACGACCACCAGGAGGAGUUGUCUCGACAGUCCGCUGAUGCAGCCCUCUCGCAGCUCGGCCUUUGUCUCUCCGAAGCCUUGGUGCUGGAGGUCUUGAAUUACGGCAAAGAUCAUGUGCUCUCCUGCUUGAAAUUCUUCGACUGGUCGGGUCGACAACCCGGAUUCUACCACACCCGCUCCACUUUCUACGCCAUCUUCAACAUCCUAUCCAGGGCCAAGCUCAUGCCUCUCAUGCUCGACUUCUUGAAGAAUUACACGAAGCAUAGAUAUGGUCACAGGGUGAGAUUCUAUAACACGCUUGUCAUGGGCUAUGCCAUUGCGGGCAAGCCUGAGGUUGCACUCCAACUGUUCGGCAGAAUGCGUUUUCAGGGUAUCGACUUGGAUGGCUACACUUACCACGUGCUUCUCAAUGCCCUGGUGGAGGAGAAUUGUUUUGAUGUGGUUGAAAUCGUGGCCAAGCAAAUUGCAGUCCGAGGAUUCGAGAAUGAGGUCACACAUUCUAUAUUGGUCAAGAGCUUUUGCAAGCAGAAGCAGCUGGACAAAGCUGAAAUUUUCAUUCGCGAGCUUGUGGGUAGCAACCGGUUAUUGAACGGCCACGUUGUGGGUGUUCUUGUGGAUGGACUCUGUAAGAAUAAUCAGUUUGAGAAGGCGGCAAGGUUGGUGGAGGAGUUUCGGGAGUCGGGUGUAGUCCCAAUGGAGCAUGCGUACAGUGUGUGGAUUAAUGAUCUUGUUCGAGCUGGGAAGCUAGAUGGGGCACUGGAAUUCCUGCGGAGCAAGAAGUCCCUUGAAGGUUAUGUCCCUGAUGUGUUCCGUUAUAAUACUUUGAUUUGCAGACUUUUGAGGGAGAACCGGCUUGAGGAGGUAUGUGAUUUGUUGAUGGAAAUGAAGGAGAAGAAUAAGUAUCCUGAUCAAGUCACCAUGAAUGCUGCUCUAUGCUUCUUUUGCAAGGCAGGGAUGGUGGACGUUGCACUCCAGUUGUACAAUUCGAGGGCGGAGUUCAGCCUCUCUCCAAGUAGCAUGGCUUACAAUUAUCUAAUCAAUACGCUCUCUGGGGAUGGGAGCAUUGAUGAAGCUUAUUGCGUGUUGAAAAAUUCUCUUGACCAAGGUUCCUUCCCUGGUAGAAAAACCUUUUUUAUACUUGCUGAUGCCCUGUGUAGAGAGGGGAAGCUUGAUAAGCUGAAGGAGUUGAUUCUUCUAGCUCUUGAGAGAAACUUUAUGCCGAGUGAUUCAAUUUAUGAUAAGUUCAUAUCGGUUCUUUGUAGAGCCAGGAAAUUGGAACAUGGUUAUUUGUUACAUGGGCAACUCAACAGAUCAGGUAAAGUUUCUAGUAAAUAUACUUACUUUAACUUGAUAAGUGGUUUUAACAAGUCCAAUAGGGGAGAUAUUGCCGCUAGAUUACUCAUAGAAAUGCAAGAAAAAGGUCACAGCCCAACCCGAGAGUUGUUCAGAGCUGUCAUUUGUUGUUUAUGUACUAUGGAGAAUCCAGAGAAGCAAUUUCUUAAAUUGCUGGAGAUGCAGCUAUCUUGUCAUGAGCCCAAUUGUCAGAUUUAUAACUUCUUCAUUGAUGGAGCUGGGCACGCCAGAAAACCUGAGCUAGCUAGAGAAGUAUUUGAGAUGAUGUGGAGAAGUGGUAUCUUGCCCAAUUUGAGUUCUGAUAUACUGAUGUUGCAGAGUUAUCUAAAGAACGAAAGAGUGUUUGAUGCUCUAACUUUUUUUGAUGAUUUGUCCCAGAGAAGAAAACUUGGGAGAAAAUUAUACAAUACCAUGAUUGUUGGUCUUUGCAAAGCCAAGAAACCAGACAUUGCAUUGGGAAUCUUGAUGAAAAUGAAGGAAACCAAAUUAAAACCAAGUCUUGAAUGUUAUGAGGAGCUCAUAAAGUUGCUGUGCUCAUAUCAGAAAUAUGAUUUUGUAGUUGGUCUUAUUGAGGAAUUGAUGGAAGUUGGUCGUCAUGUUUCAUCCUUUAUCGGUAAUGUACUAUUGUUGCACUCUCUGAAGACCAAUCAGCUUUAUGGGGCUUGGGUUCAUUCAAAGGGUUGGCAAAAUGGGACAUCUUUCAGUUCGUUGCUUGGUGAGCUGAUUGGUACAUUUUCUCAUCAUAUUAAAGUGAAUCAAGAUAUUGAGGAAUUGGAAAAAGUGAUUGAACAGUGCUUCCCACUUGACAUAUACACAUACAACUUCUUGUUGAGAAGGUUAAGCAUCAAUAACAUGGACAGCGCUUGUGAGUUAUUCAAUAGGUUAUGUAAAAAAGGAUAUGAGCCCAAUCGGUGGACUUAUGACAUUUUAGUACGUGGUUUCUCCAAUCAUGGUAUGACAACUGAGGCUAAAAGAUGGGCUGAAGAGAUGUCAAAGAGAGGAUUUCAUCCAACUGAGCAUACCAAACUAUUCAUCUGACAGACAAUUGCUUGUUGAAGGAACAGCUGAUAUCUCGUAUUGAUUUUUGAGAAGACAAGUUGAAACAAACAUGUAUAGCAAAGUUAAGUGAGAAUUUAAAGUAUGGUAUAGUAUCGUUUUUCCUUUCCAUUUGCAAUAUCUUCAGUUCCUUGACUUCUCCUAAAGUAGUUGAAAUAUGAGGUUUUGUAAGUGUGGGUACUGAACCCCAUGUCAUCACGUUGUUCAUAUAGCAAGUCUGUGGCACUAACCAUAAUUUUUGUCAUCAAAACUACGCUCUGUUAGACAUCUAUCCAUUAUUACCUUAUGACAACUAUGAGAACAAAAGAUCUUUUCUUUUUUUUUUCUUUUUUUUUCCUCCUUAUUUUAGUUAGUCUUUUUAUGCGCUGGUGUAGGUAGGGGCCAUUGCCUUGGGAAGUGGUGAAAGCUCAGGCUUUCACAGGUAGAACGUGGGUUCCAAUAUUGAGAGCAAUAAUUUUGUGUAAAUAUUGCCAAAUGUUAAGUCUGUUUUCAGUCCAACCCUCUUAGCUCAUAAACAUAAAUUGUAUAUGACUUCAAAAGAAAAUCUAAAGAGCAGAAAAAAGUGCACUGAUACAACAGAUCUCUAAAAUAUAUGACAAGGGAUAAAGAGGACCAUUAUCCAAUUUUAGUCUGUCCAGUGCAGUGUUCUGGGAGGAAUAAAAUGAGUAUACUAGUUUGAAUAUAAGCUUUAGUAUUAUUUGCAUGCCGAGACUCAACUAUUUUUUGACUGUGCUAUUACAUGGAUUCGAAUGCGUGUACCGGGUGCAACUGUGUCUCCAUAUGUCAGAUUUGCUGAAUUCCAAAUCUUCGUAUACUGGCUUGUAAUUUGUCCAAAACUUGGGUACAGGCAGAUUGACAUAUCUAGCUCAUUUAGCAUUUUAUAUAAAAGUUUUAUAAUACUGUUGUUCUUUAAAAAUAUAUUAACUGAUAAUUUAAAUUAAAUAUGUUGCGAUGAAGAAACCGGGAUUUUAUCUAUCAAACAAAUAUGCAACCCCUCUUUGCUUUCAAAAUAAGUUUGUUUCUUCGUCCAUCAUCACAUAUAAAGUAAAUGUUCUGACACACAUUCUAUACGCAUACUCAUGUCAUGUGAUGUGUUGACAUAGGUAUGUUAAGGGGAAUAGGGGAGUCCAUGUAACACAGGUUAUGUGAACUCAAAUAAGUGCACCACGUUUGGAUUUGUGUAGUAUCAAAUUCCAACCCCUAGGUCACUAGGAACACUGCUAAAUAUUCAUAUUUUUUUAUAUUGUUCUUUUUAUUUUGGGGUUAAGUGGUGUUUUAUCACUCAUUUUGAAGUAAUAAUUUAACAAAAGAAAUAUAUUAGAAGUGUUUUAUAUUAUGUACAUUAUAUAAUAAACUUAAAUAAUUUGGAUAUGCUUACCAAGGCUCAUGUGCACCCCGGCAUGUCUAGAACAUUUCUCAUAUCUUUGCCUAGGUGUAAAUUGUUUGACAUGGAUAUUUGACACAUUUAAAAGUAACUUUGAUUAUGGUGAUAUUAGAUGUGCUUGCUGAUUGCAUGUCCAAUGAGACAUGUCAAACACUUCAAAUAUCCAUAUCCUUUUGUCAUCUGUAGAAUACAAUAUUUCACACAUUUAGAAGAAUCCAUGUAACAUAAAUUAUAGUGGAUAGAAUUCACUCCACAUAUAAACCUUUUGUUGGAUUGUUUCCACCUUAGGAACUCCACGUCCUCAAUGAUGAUCUUUAUAUAACAACCUUUAUUGUUUGUUUUGGCAAGAUUGAAAGUUGAAGAUACUUUUCUGUACUCCCUAGUUUCAUUUGAACCCAUUGUAGCGAUAUCAACAUGGAGGGUUUGGGGUUCCUACCCGACCAACAAAAAAAUUAAUUUUCAAACCCUUCUUGCUUCACCCUACAUUAGAGUCAGGGCGGGUUCAAGUUGCCCAACAAGCAUACUUUUUAUUUUAAAAAAAUAAAAAAUCAAUUUGAAUAAAUUUAUAA